AUGUUUGGAUUAUUGGCUCGUGGAGUUUCAGCAUUCGUUGCGUCGGUCAGUGGACACACAAAAGAUGAUUCGGGUAUUGAAGGAAGCAGUCAGGAUGACUCUCGAAGUGUCAGAUCCACCAAUUCGAGUAUCAGAAAGAAAUCUGAUUCCAUCAUAAGUGCAGAUAUGACAGCGAAUAGGCAACAAUUCCAAGUGGAGUCAGUUAAAGAGAGCAAUUUGGACGAAAUCGUUCAGUUUUUGCUCGAUAAUUUUGCACAGACAGAAGCGAUUUUGGCCAGUUUGAAAAUCGACGAUGAUCAGCUUUGUCUGAAAGAGCUGACAGUGAUGAUUCGCGAUCUUGUUCAAGACAGUCUUCAGUGUUCGUCGACGUGUGUUAUUCGGGACGCUACCACUCGUCAAAUCGAUGGAAUCGCUUUGGCAUGCAAAACUUCCAUCUUUGAUAAACAAAUCGAUCGUCUUUGUGCAUACGAAUUCAAUCAACAACGUGUUCGUGAUGCUGUCGAAUUCCUGAAAUACGUCUUCAACAAACUGGAUGUCAUGUACUAUCUCAAUGAGUAUCAUCUGUUCAAGCCAGUUUUCGUCGCUCUGGUGUGCGUUCGAAAAGAAUUGUGGGGCCAAGGAAUCGGCACGACGUUGAUGAAUCAUGUGAAAUCAGCAGCUCGUUCGGACAGCUCCGAUGGACUUAUCAGUCUGUGCAGUAACGAGCGCGGACACAAAUUGAUGAAACAUUACUGUCCGACUGAUUUCGCAGCUGUUCGUUACGAUGCCUUCAAAGGAGAACAUCUUCGUCCGCCAAUUGUGAUGCGUCCACCGGAAACGUUCAGCAGCGUCUACGCCAUGCUAGCCAAGUUCUCGUAA